AUGUCUUCUUCACUAGUGAGUUUUUGAAAUGACACACCCUAAAAAUUUGUUUAUUCAAAAAUGAAACAGAUUUUUUGCACAUUCAAAAAUUUAUGUAUAUAUAUAUAAAAUAUAUAUAUAAUUUUUGAAAUUUGAGCUUCAUGGAUAAAUUUUACGAUUAUUUUGAAUGUUUCGAGGUAAAAAAGGCCCUCCAGAUCUCUACUAGAUCUCUGUACAGUAGGUAAUCUAAAAAUUUUCAGAUCUUCGACAUGGUUGAUCAUCCGGAUUCGCAAGAUGAGCUUCUAACAGCUCAAAAACCAAGUGAGUCUGAAACCCAGGGAUCCCAGGAAAAAAUGAAGAAGAAACGUCACAAAAAAUCUCUCAACAGGUGUUCGCUUUUCAUUCCCAGCACAUUUCAUUUCAUUCCUCCUAUCAUUUUGCAAUGAGUGAGAUUCCUAGAGUUAUUAUAACUAAAAAACCCAGAUAUUUUGUAUCAACAACUGUGGAAACCUAUAAUUUUUCAACAAUCACCCCAACUCGUUAUAUAAAUGGAACUUUAUCUUGGGAUUUUUCAGACGUGGUUUUUCAUAAUGAGAUGAUUGCGUUGAUUGUUUUGGGAAGCUUGUUUGCUAUUGGAAUUGUGGCGUAUUUGAUCGCUCGUUCAAUGAUCUACAUUAAAAAGGUAUUUUUAAGAGACGCAAAGAAGGCUUUGCAGCUAGAAAGGCUUUUUAACUAGGUACGGCGGCUUGAGAUCCUCUCUGAUAAGGGGAAGAGCCUAGAGAGAGGCAUUUUGGCUAAGCGCAACAACUUGAGAGUAAAUUCGGCUAGGUAAGGCGUCUUGAGAAACGCUCUGGCAAGAAGCCGCGCCUAGAGAAGCACUCUGACUAGGCACGCCGCCUAGAGACACUGUGCGCCUAGAAAUCGCAAAAAAAUGUUUCCAGGAGAAGGCGCAAGAACGUUUGCCAAUCAACAACUUUGGACAAAUUCAUCUCCCAUAA